AUGAUAAGAUAUGGUCGUCAAAAGAUUACCAUUUUAAAGGUCGUUAAAAAUGUUUUUAAUUGUAAUUGUCUUAAAGAGAAACAUCUAGAGUGUCAACACACAUAUACAAACAUUGAGUAUUCAACUUAUAUUUUAGUUGGGGAAGCUGAUCAAAAACGAAACAUGUAUAUUCAAAACGAUCCUUUAAGACGUCAAGUUGAUUCAGAGCAGGAUAUAGAUGAUCUAUUUAGCAUGUUAAUGGAUGAACCAAAACAACCAAACGUACCACAAGUAAAGAUCAAAUAUGAAGAUGAAAAUGACUACAAUCAACAAGCUGAAAGAGAUUGUCUAAUAGAUGAGAUGUCACCUUUUAGUCACAGCGGGGUUUCUUCUCCAGCCAGUUCUUGUGGUGGUAUAUCUGCACCUGGAAGCCCUUCAAUGAUGGUUGAACAGCCACCACCUCCAUACAGUCAAAAUUAUCUUACACCAGAAAGCGCAUUGUUUGCCGGUAACCCAUCAAGCCCUGGAAGUUACAGCGUCGGAAGUCAAAGUCCUACUUAUAGCGCUGGAAGUCAGAGUCCAACCUAUAACAAUGGUGGUCAGAGCCCUACGUACAGUCUCGGGGGACAAAGCUCGGAUAGUUCAUAUAAGUAUGAGCCAAGACCUCUGGGACGAAAAAAACGACGAAAUUUGGUUCCUGAUGAAAAGAAAACAAACGAAUAUUGGGAACGAAGAAAGAGAAAUAACGUCGCAGCUAGAAGAUCAAGAGAGGAGAGAAGAAAUAAAGAAUUACAAACUUUUCAGCAUAUGAAAAAUUUACAACAAGAAAAUAUGGCUUUGAAACAAACAGUGAAUAUGCUGAUGAAGAAUCAACAAGAUUUACAAAACGAAGUUACUGUAUUGAAGCAAUUGUUGGAACAAUCUUUUAAAGUUUAACGCGAAUUAUACCAAGACAUGGAUAUUUUGAUAAUAUUUCUAUGCUUGGGACAAUAAAGGAGCAGUUGAUUCUCAACUAUAAAUAUUUUUUUCUAAUAAAAGUGACAUUUUUUUAUAACUUUGACUGCUAUAUAUAUUUGAUAGUUUUUGUAAUUUUCGGUUGCAUUAUUUUUUACCAAAUCCAUUCUUAUUUCCGCCAUUUCAUAGACAAAUUCCCGCCAAAGUAUAUAGAGUGCGAUUUCGUUCAAAAUUGCUUAACUAAGUAGACGUAUCAUAUAGAUUUUUAAUUUGAUGAAUUUUAUUUUAGUUUAAAAUUUAUAUUUACAAUUUCCAGCUGUGUUGGAAAUAGAAGAAAUUUUUCAAACGAAUUUUUUGUAAUUAUGUAUAUAAAAUGUUAAACAAGAUUAUAAGUUAUUCAAUUUCAA